CACUAACAUAAAAAUUCUGGAACGAAUGGCGUAACAAGUUUAUUACACAGCCUUCGCAAAGUUGUGCACUGCAUAGACGGAAGUUGAACGCUGAACGCGUCGUCACUGAUAUUUUGCCCGUGACUAACACAAGUCAGUAUUGCUUUCGUGUGGGCAUAGCAAAGAGUUGUAAGUGAGGUGUUGGGAUAAUGGAUAUAGAGCACAGGAUGCGGGACAUAAAUUUAACAACGAUCCUAUUCGUGAUCGCAGUUUUUACGUCGAGACAGCAAUAUGCUUACGGCUUGAGAUGUUACGUUUGCGACAGUACAUCAUCUUCAAGUUCGUGUAUUUCGGAUCCUGAUUUUUCUACUACGUGCAAUUACAAAUAUUGUACAAUUUAUCGACGGGAAUUGGCAGAGCCCACGGGACUCGUGACGGCGUUUUAUCGGGCUUGCGAAGACAAUCCUCUGUAUUUAAAUACCGAAGUCCAGACACCCUUCGCCAAAACCUAUUACCGGGCUUGUACAAGUAAUCUUUGUAACGUCGGGAACGGUGUGGCAGAGGUCACUUCAUCAAACGUUGAAAUAAUUACGGCCGGGGACAAUACUCUAGUUGUUCCUGGAGUCGGGGUCGUGAAUGAUGCAUCCAGUUUGCACUCCGGUACUUUGCUUGCUUUUGUGUUAAUCAUAAUUGCGUACGUGCUUGUUACGUACUACGAAUGACGAAAAACAUGAUUGAAUCUACCAAUUUGAUUUUCAUUGCAAACAUGAUAGCAUCACGUUUUAAUUCUGCACUGAAAUAGUGUAAGCAUGCGAUUAAAAUCCAUGGAUAUUAAACACUGACACACACUGACUAUAAUAAAAAUAUAUUAAUAUCAGUUAUCAAUGUGAAACGUGCUGUGAACUAAUUAUAUUCUAUAUGUUCUAAGAUUAUAUUUUGAAAGAAGACGAUGAGUAAUUUUUAAACAAGCACGUAUCGGAAACCCUAAUUAUUUGUAGGUUUUUUGUUUAUUAUAUGUGACUUUUAUCCAAGUAUCUUACAAUAGAUUAAAGAUAGCCAGUUUCGUCUGACCGAAACCUUUGAUAAAGAAACUUUUUUACAAUACCUGGAACCAAAGAAACAAUUAUUGAAUAUCCAGAACACGGUCACGAAAGAAUCCCAGAUAUCGCAUAUGUGAAUGUUGAGCAUUUAUUUCUAAAAUAUGCUAACUUACACGUAAAAGUUUAAAAUUAUAAAACGUAUAGCCAGAGAUGUAUCAUGUUAUAUAAAAGGAAUGAAAAUCCA